UAACACAACUCAAUCACUGCCUUAAUAACAUGAACUACAAAUUCCACUCUCUAGUUUCCAUUCACGAAACGUCCCUCUCUCACUUUCCCCCACCCACUAUUUAUUCAGAUCCCUUCUGAUUUCAGUGCCCCCCAUUUUUGUUUCUGUUCCAAAUCAUUCACACUUUGUGUGCUUCAUUUCGUUUUCUCAAUUCUCACUCUCUAGUUUCUAUCUCUGUGUCUGAUCAGUGAUCACUGCUGCCCUAUUUGGUCUAAGGCCUCAGUUUUUCUUCUUGUAGCUUCUAUAUUUUCUCAGUCUUGCUCAUACUUUGUGUUACAUUCCCCUCGAUUUCUCAUAAUUGGUGUGACCAAUUUCAUCAGUUUCAGAACCCCAAUUCUGUUUCACCUCUUAAAGACUUUUACUUUUCUAGUUCUUGGUUUAUUUUCUUAAUCAGAAUUUCCAUAUUGGUCUGAUCAGUUCACUCUAAAGACUCAAACUUUGUGUCUCACUCGCUCAAUUCUUCAAAACUUCUAUAUGGGACUGUUUAUCUGAUCAGUUUUAUAGUUUCCUUUCGUAUUAAUCUUAGUUCUUGAAUAGUAAAGUUCCGGCCUUAUGAUGCAUGCCAAGUCCGAUUCAGACGUCACGAGCUUAGCACCGUCGUCGCCGCGAUCGCCGAAGCGGCCAGUGUACUAUGUCCAAAGCCCAUCAAGGGACUCCAACGAUGGCGACAAAUCCUCCACCAUGCACGCCACGCCGGCCUUCAACAGCCCAAUGGAGAGCCCAUCACACCCUUCCUACGGCCGCCACUCGCGGGCCUCCUCCGCCAGCCGGGUCUCCGGUACCUUUAAAGGAAGCCGAAAACGCGGCAAUGAGAAAGGUUGGCCGGAAUGCAAAGUGAUUGAAGAAGAAGGGGACUAUGAUGGGCUUUAUGGGGAGAAGGGCAUUUCAAGAAGGUGUCAGAUUUUGAUGGCUUUGAUGGGGUUCAUUGUCAUCUUUUCGAUCUUCUGCUUGAUUCUUUGGGGUGCUAGUAGACCUUACAAAGCUCGCGUCACUGUUAAGAGUUUAGCUGUGCAUAAUUUUUAUUUUGGGGAAGGAUCGGACAUGACUGGAGUACCUACAAAGAUGUUGACAAUGAAUUGUUCAAUGAGGAUGAAUGUGUACAACCCUGCUACGUUUUUCGGUAUUCAUGUCAGCUCGGACACAGUUAGCAUCAUGUAUUCAGAAAUUGCAGUUGCAACUGGUCAGUUGAAGAAAUACUAUCAACCAAGAAAGAGUCACCGGAAUGUGAUAGUGAACCUCCAAGGAGUGAAAGUACCUUUGUAUGGGGCUGGGGCAAGCGUAGCAGUCGAUGAUACCAGUGGGGGAGUUCCAAUGACACUCGUGUUUGAGGUUCGGUCACGAGGGAAUGUGGUGGGGAAGUUGGUGAGAACAAAGCACCGGAAGCACGUAAAUUGCUCCAUGGAUUUAGACUCUCGUAGAACCAAACCCAUUACAUUCAAAGCAAGUUCAUGCACAUACAAGUGAGCACUACCCGCAGAUUUCUCUACGUUGUUUGUGCACGUUCUUUGGGGAACUAUUGCACAAAUAUUUUAGUCACAGUUCAGUUAUAUGGUGCACCUUCUGCUUGGCAUGGAGUGGUUUGCGCUCUUAUCUUGUAAUAUGAGAUUGCACACCUCUGUAUAGAGGGUAUUAUACUAGUUGGAAAUAAGUUUUUCUUUCAAUUGCCCAUAUG